AUGUCCAUUGUAAAGAUCCAAAACGGCCUGUUCCGUAAAUUGGGAGAGGGGUCGAAAAGAACUCUCAUAUUUAAAAGCCCUUUAUCUUUGGAUAUUAAAUCUACCGACAGAUGGGCUAUCACAGGUCCUCGCAAAACAGAACUCCUGGAAAUACUCGCUUCUAAGCACAUCCCUGAUCCACCUCUGUCAAGAACCUACCCAUUCCUGGCUAACCAAAAUGCAUGGCCUUCACAAGUUACCCAAUUAAUAGAAUUUUCCAAUGCAGAUGUCAAGGCACCUCAUAUCUCUGCUCGAUAUGAGUCCCUUCGUGAAGAGUUAGACGAGACUCUCAAUGAGUCGUUGCUAGCUGCCACUCACUCUAAGGAUCAAGCUAAGGUCGACCAUGUCCUUGAGAAGUUUUCUUUAAAGGGCAUCGAGAACAGAUGGAUUGUUGGUCUCAGUAAUGGGCAGAGUCGCAGAGCACGUCUUGCCAAGGCCUUACUGAGAGAUCCAAAGUUUCUUCUUGUAGAUGAGCCAUUCGUUGGUCUUGACCCAUUCAGUCGGAAACAAGCCUCUGAUAUACUGUCAAAGCUUUCUCCUGAGCCACAUGUCGUGGUUGGUUUGCGGUAUCAAGAUGAAUUUCCUUCUUGGAUCACCCAUGUCGCCAUAACAGAUAGGACUGGGAAUGGAAUAUCCCAUCAGGGUCCUAUCAAAGAUCUGGCACCGUAUCUAGACGAAAUGCGUAGAGACCAUAUUGUUCAAGUAGUGAAGGCAAAGGAUCUUGCUGUGAAGGCAGCUGAAAAAUCUAAAUUAGCUGCGUCAAAUAACCCUGAAGUCAUCAAGCUAGACAGUGUAUCUGUGUCAUAUAAGGGCGAACCUAUUUUCAGUAACUUAACUUGGAAAGUCAAAAAAGGGGAAAAGUGGCACCUAAGAGGCGAUAAUGGUACCGGAAAGAGCACUCUCCUUUCACUGUUGACUGGGGAUCAUCCUCAGUCUUGGAAUCCAAAGAUUUCUCUUUUCGGUGAACCAAGAGGUACAGGCAAGCAGAGCUAUUUCUCUAUCAACGAAAAAUUUGGUCAUGUAUCACCUGAGAUUCAUGCUCUCUUUCCUAUGAAUCUCACUGUUAAAGAAGCUAUCUCAACAGGGUUUGUGGUGGGCUAUUAUAUCCCACUAAAAAAGCUUUCUCAAGAGCAAGAGGAUCGAAUUGAUGAGCUUCUGUCAUUAUUUGAACAUAUUUCUAAAGAUGAGGUUCUUCGUGACUUGUCAGUCAGCAAUCAGAAGAUUGUUAUGUUUUUGCGAGGUCUCGCUAAGAGACCAGAUAUUCUAAUUCUUGACGAAGCUUUCUCGGCAAUGGCUGAAGAAAGUAUUGACAAAUGUAAGCAGUACAUUGAUUUGGAAUAUGAUGGUACGCUUAUAGUUGUCGGCCAUAUCGAGGACGAGGUGCCUUUGUGCCAUAAAUACAUCAGGCUUACAGCUGCAGAGCCAGAGUUUGGCGAGCUAUAG